AUGUUCUACAGUCAUGAAGUACUUACAUCCCCCGAGCACGGAGUGGCCACUGUUUGGCUAGUUGCCACUCUUGGUGCGAGAUGUUCCCAAGGCUUGUGCUGUGAUCAUAGACCCAGUGGCGCCGAUGGCCCUCAGGCUCCAGAGCAAUCUCUUGCGAUGCACGAUAGAAUGAGGCAUAUGUUGAGAUCAGUUCCGGCUGGAGGGUUGGACCCAACUGCCGGAAAGGCAAGGCCUGACCAACUCGUACUACCGAAAGACCCUUCCUUCCUGCCGGAAAAUAACCUUCCUGGGCUCGGUCUGGAUCUCUCGAAACUGAACAGGCUGCUUGACAUCGAACGAAGUCAACAAUCUAGCGUUUGCUUGUCUCAAACUCCGGAUCUCAGUCAAUCUGCGCUUUCAAGCAGUUCAGCUCUGCACCUAAACCUUCCUUUUGAUGACAACAUCCCGGGAAACACCGGCGGCUUUAGCUCUGAAGCAGAUAUUGCAAGUUCUGUUCAAGGUGGUCUUGAUUUUGGUGUGUUUAUGGCGAACGAGGAUGGAGGCGUGCUCCUUCAACCCGACUUCGAGUUUGACGAGAAUGGCAAUAUAAUCGAACUGGGGCCGAGACAACAAAGUCAAGCGAGGCUCAACCCCAUCAGUGAUGCGCGAGAAUCCGGAAUGAAUGAAUCGACGUUCGAUGAUCAGCCACUACUUGCCGAUGAAGACAUUGAAAUGGCAAUAACAAACGAACCAGCUCGACCAACUCGCCAUGCAGGGACGUUUGGCAUAGGUGACGAUCCUGUAGUUCAACUGAAAGAUAUCGAUAAUCUCAAUGAAGUGACAGCUGCACAAAGACAAAGAGCUCCUAAAGUUCUCCCAACAGAUGGACAAACAGGACUUCGUAAUGUGGACUUGGCCCGCAUGAAUGACGAAUAUCUGCAUAACAUGGUAGUAGCUUCAAAGCAAAAGCGAAACAACAAGAUACCAACACAGGCGAAAAAAAAUGCAGCGUAUUGGGUUUUCGGUCUGGGGAUCGGCUGUGUAGGUGCCGGUGUAGGGACAGCUCAGUUUACUCACCCAUUGCGCUUCUUCUCCGGUGAUAAGUUAUACGAUACCCUUGCUCCCAAGAAACCAAGCCGCAAACGCCCUUUGGAUGAUGAAUCUGAGUCUGAGGCAAGACGUGUACGCGCAAGAGAAGACGACGACGCACAUCUGGGCAGGUUGGAUCUCGUGGAUGACAAUAAUAUUUGGAACCAGGAUGUUGAACUUGCCCGUCAUGCAUCACCACCUCUUUACGAUGGAAACUCUUCGCAAAUGCCCUGGAACAUAACGGUCUCUGUGCAAAGCUCUCGCCAUGACGCCUCCGCAGCCAAUAUAUUCCGGGGUAUCGGAAGCGUGAGUGACUUUUCAUCCCGUGGUAUCCCCGAAUCAGUCGUCUCUUUCGGCAGAGAAGCAAGCGUCGGUAUCUCAGGGAUUUCACGGGCACGUAGCCGUCUAACCAGCGCAAGCCCUCUCGCUGGACGCGGGUUUCAAUACGACAUAGACUCGCUGUCAAUUCCUGGUUAUGAGGAUGACCUCGACAAGCUGGAAGGUUUUGACCUAGGCCAUUACCUUGAUGGCGACACCAUGGAAAACAGCCAUGCCAACCUAGACGUUGCUGGUCCGUCGUAUACAAGCCAGCAAGAACUCCAGAGCAGUCUCACGGAAUCAGCGAUGGACCAGGAGUGCAUAAACUUCCUGGAUUUUCUGGCUGUGAAGAUAGCCUUGGUCAAGUCGGCGGAAAAUGCUGCCGAAAGCACAUUUAUUGAUCCAGAGAUUACCUUCGCGACCCUACUGCCUCCACAGAAAACUUCUCCCGCGGUCGCUACACAGGGUCUCAUGCAUAUCCUUGCCCUUGCGACUAAAGGUUUCCUCUCGGUGCGCCAGAACGCAUACGAAGACCAGAGCAGCGCAGAUCAUGGUGUCCGGUAUGAGUAUGGAGAAAUUUUCCUACGCCUACCGGAGGCCUAG